UAUACAGGUGUUUGUUAGCAGUCGAUGUUCACUGUGUGUUUUUAUAUAUUUACUAACAUGUUCAGUCCGGAGUAUUACGACAAGCAAGCAGAUUACAUUGGUUCAUUACACGAAGCUCUAGACGUCGCGAUAAACAAUGGACAGGAGCUGCCUCUGGAUCCGAACGCUGCGUUAAAGAUUUGUGGCAGUUGUAAGAAACCACAGCUUUUUCUCGCUAAUACGAAUCAAGAGCCACACACCCCGACACGCCACCUAUCUUUCGACCAAUCAGAAGCGGGCGAUGAAGUCACUAAACCACGUCAGGGAGGCACCUACGUCACAGCUGUGAUGAACACUUUACUUACUACUAGAUCGCCGAAUUCAAAAUACUCGGAUUCGUGUUCUAGUUGUAUGAACGACGACGACGAAGAACUAAUGGACCUUAACAAGACCUUGCCCGCGUCUUUUUCACCAAACCAAAAUUUUAAACGUCGCCCCUCAAUGCGGGCCGAGAGGUCAAUGCUGUCGUCAUCAAGAGCCCGGAAAUACAGAGGCCCUGGGUUCCAGGUCUCGCCAACGCGCAUGCGUCCUCGGCUGCAUACUGCAGCGUCUACUUUGUCGCGUUCAGCGUUGAGUUCGUACAAAUAUUUAAUCAACGAUGAAGCAAAUCAACACGACUCUGUUUCAAGCAUAAAUGACAAUAAAGAUACCAGCAUGGACGACAUUCCUGGCCGAAAGAACGUCAAGAAAUCACACGAAAUGUAUUACAGUCUCUCCCCACUUCUUCUAGCGGGCUCACUAUCACCACCAAGCGAUAAAAUAUCGGGCCCUGAAACUCCUAAAGGGAUUCCAAUUGAAAGUAAAAUAACGGAAGUAAUUACCGAUGGAGAAAUGGUGGAUGAAAACGAACCGUUGAAACUUGAGCAUUUGGAAAGCCGUAAAAAGUCAUCAGACGAAAUAAGUUGCGUGAGUGACACCUCAACAGCGACGUCAAGUGGUGCUCAACUCGAAUAUUUCUCAGUUAUAUCGAAAACCAAGAAAGGGCUCUCCAAUAAAACAGCGCCGCGCCAACUUGAAAAACCUCAGCCCGUUGAUAAAGCAAUAUCCCAAGACUCUGUUUUCUCAAAUAACGCCGAUGGAGAGUCAACCAUGCCUCGUCCUAGCCAUCCAAAAAUUAUGGGAAUCAAAUCUAUGGCGAAAUCCGGUAAUACAUUCAACGUCUCCUCCGUUAGCGUUACCGCUCAGCGACCUCACUCCACGCCUAUAUGCGGUAACGUAACCCAUAACUUGAAACCUACAGAACUCACGGAUUCAAUGUACAGUCAAGCAGAACCUGGCCUGCUUUCGUUUUCAAACGUUUUUGAUAUCGGUGACGUAAACACUUAUGACGUCAACGCGUAUGACGUCACAGACGAAGUGGACACGGAAAUGGUUGAUUCGGAUGACUUCAUGAAAGAAGGAUAUUGUAACUGUAGCUUCUGCAACAAUAACGAGGAUAUGUUCGCCUCCACACAAGCAGAUAUACAUGGUGAUGUCAAACACGACCCAUCAUCGUUCCGGACACCAGGGCAUCAUCACUGCAAACGAUCGGAUCCUCAUCUUUAUGAUCCUCCGCUGCUGCGGGAGGACUUAUCUCCAACUCCAGAAGAGAAGAAGCAAAUAAAGAUCAGUCCUCAAUAUAAAGAAGUCCUCACUCUGUUUUGUCAGUGUAGCUUCACACAAGACGAGGGCCUCCAGGAAGACAUAGAGAAGCACAGCACCGGUGUCGCUUCGGUUCUCAAUCUUUGUGAAGUUCUGUUGCAUGACGCCGAUGCUUGCUCGACAGAUGGCGACAAAGAGUCGAUCACCGAGGCAACGAAAAGUCUUGAUCGCAGAUGGAGAAAUAUUUGCGCCUUGUCUAUGGAACGCAGGCUUCAGAUUGAAGACACUCAGCGUCUUUGGCAAAAAUUUCUCGCCGAUUUCGCUCGCUUCUCUGAUUGGUUAAAAUCUUGUGAAGAAACUGCUUCUCGUCCUUGCACUGACCACGUGACCUACGCGGUGGCGCGUGACGAACUCCGAUCAUUCGAGAAUUUCCAGCGGCAAGUUCAUGAAGGAUUGACUCAAUUAGAGUUGAUUAACAAGCAAUACAGAAGAUUGGCAAGGGAGAAUAGAACGGACACGAGCAACCAACUACGACUCAUGGUGUAUGAAGGCAACACACGAUGGGACGCUCUCUCUCGCCGAAUCUCGUGUGUUCUACGUCGACUCAAGCACGCCAUCGAACGGCGAGAAUUAUUUGAGACUUUGCGUGAAUCGUUGUUGGUUUGGCUCACAGAGAUGGAUUUACAACUCACAAACUUGGAACAUUUCAGUCCAAAAAUCGAGAAUGCAGAUAAACUGAAGCAAAUAAAAGUGUUCAAGAAACGCAUCGACGAUCGCAUUUCGUUGCUCAUUAAUUUGGAUGAAAGGGGAAAACUUUUGCUCCAAGGCGGGGAAGAACAAGACUGUGUGAAAUUAGAAGAAGAACUGAACGAUUUCCACGAGUAUUGUUUGCAAGUCUUCAUUAGGUUGGAUCGCUAUUACAGAAGAUUGCUGCGCGUAUCGGACGAUUCUGAAUACAAAAAUUCCCUCUACCACGACAUGGAGAUGCAGGAAUUAUCAUGGUGGGCUGGUGGAAGCAGUGAGGUUCUAGACUUACCUGGUGAUUCACCAUCACCUGAACUAACCAGCAGUAGAAAAUCGAAGAAGCAAAAUGGAAGACUUACCCCCGGAAGCAUGGGGUCAUUGGAAUGGGACGAUUAUGACAUGAGUAGAUCUGAGAUCGAAACCAAGAUUGCUAACGGUGAAAUGACAGAUGAUGAUUCAAUACCAGAAUUAUCCCCGUUUGAAACAAGAGAUACAACGAUACCGGUCAAACAAUCUCCAUUAUCAUCUGCCAAUACGUCACAACAGAUUGACAAGACGUCUAAAAGAAGCAACGCAGUCGACAUAAGAGACCUAGACACCGAUACUCGUCAUAAGAAACCAAGAACCAGCGAGAAAAUGUCGGAAACGCAACGUCAGCAACUUAAUAACGACCUUGAAGACGUUCUCUCAUGGCUCGUUAAUGUGAAGUGUGACGUCACAGAAAAUGGGGAUUACGUCACCAUUCGCGACUUGGAACAAAAAUUAUCUGAUCUAAAAGAUCUCCAGAAGCAAAUCGAGGUUCGCAAACCAAUCGUUCUCUCCAUUAACUUGGUGACGUCACCAUACUCAACAUCCGAGGAAGACGGAGACGAGUUGAAGACGAAACUGCGUCGUAUGAACAAAGGAUGGGAGGACGUGGAGAAGUCUGUGCUUGAUUGGAAACGAUCUCUUCAACGAUGUUUCGUCCGAUCUAAGGCAUUCCGAAGCGAUGUGCAGAAAAUACAAGAGCGAGUGAAAGAUUUAAGUCGGAGAAGAGACGACUUGGUUGCAGUGGUGAAAACAUGGGAGUCUCCGUUAUCUGCACCAUUUUCCACACUUCGUAAAACUCAUCGAGACUUGGUGCAAAUCCGCAUUGAAAUACUUGAAGACAGAGCGCAGGUCGCAUCGCUACAGGAUGUUUCCAAUUUGCUCUUCGUCGACGCUCGUUACCGUGCCACUUCCUCACCACCGGUAGACGGCGCUGCUGAGGCCUGCGAUAAAUUAAACGAUCUUGGUGCAAGCUUGAGGUCGUUGCUUGAUCGUGUGGCAGAUGACAUCCAAGUUGCUGAAACAGCCCUGCAGCGUGAGCGACACCGAGCGAGAGAUGAAGUUAGUUCAACUUCUGACGUAGAUUCAAUUGCAAGUGAAACAUCGUUACAUUCCUCAACACCCAUUAAGCUUAAAAUGCUUAGAAGAAAGGUGGAAACCAACGAAGCGGAAAGCUCGGAAAAGGAAAAUUCUAAAGACAACGCUGCAGUUACUGAUCAAGCGUCGAAUACUGACGUCACCAUGCCAUUACCACUAGCAACGAAAUACAGGACAGUGACUGAAUAUACCGAACCAGACAUCCACGUACUGUGCAAGCAUACCUCCAUCAAAAGUUCAACCGGGAACAUUUUCUUGACAACUACAAACGAAACCGUUGAUAGUGACGUCGAAUCUGGAUACGUAGAAUAUGACGUAGAAUGUGAACUCCAAGUUGUUCGGAACGCCGUCAAUACAGCUUUCCAAACAACAACCGUAGAUGCCGCAUGCGUAGGCAUAAUUCCAACCAAAAAUGGACAAUCCUUUAAACCCCAUAGUGGAUUUGUCGCCAAACAAGAUAUUAAAGCCAAGUCCGAUUUAUUUUCGCGUGGCAUCAAAGCGUCAAUACCAUUUUUUCUUUUCUUUUUGUUUCUAUAUUUUAUACUGUGGCUAAUUUCAGCAUCUUGUAUUUCCGACGACCGGACGAUUUGUUUGCAACGUAACAAUCUACAUUAUUCGUUAAGCCCAAUGCUAACUUGGACUGACGGUCCACCCCCAACGUAAUAAUGUCUGGGCUAUAUCAGGGAUGCAUCAUUUCCGUCCUUGCUAAUUCAAUUUGGAGUAAUCACAUAAUUAUUAAACGUACCUCUUAUGUUUGUACUCAUUAUGUAGGUUAGUGUACAAACAGACUUUAUUUUUGUUACUUUUCUUCAAGGUGCAUCACCCCAGCACAAAUUUGCACCAAAACUGUAUAGGCGUAGGCAAUAUUACAGCUCGUAUUUCUAUAUGUUAGAUUUUGUAGAUUUGUCAUAUUUUUUUUUCGAUUGCCGGCCUUACGUUGAUUGCCCGUAGCUGUACUGCACUUUCUACUGUUAAUACUAAAGUGAAUGUAACGAAAUUAUUUUUUAUUAGGUUUAGUAAUUCGCCUUUCAUAAAUACAACAUUAUUGGCUGCA